AUGUCGACACUCGGUGCAUCUGAACACACGGAAACUGCUGCUGGCGCUGGCGUUGCGCAGAAUCCAGCCGUCGCGUCGGUAACGCCCACGUCGCCAGAAAAAUUGGCAGAAAAUAAAACGGAUAUCCCUCCCUUGGAGGCAAUAGCAUCUUCAUCUACAAAUGUCAACACGGAGGCAAUCGACUCGUUGCCGUCGUAUGCGAUUCGUUAUGCACCAUAUGUCUAUCUGGACAAGGAGGAGCGAUUCUUCCCUGGCUUGCCUGAAGAACAUGUCAAGUCUCUUGUGCCGCGCAAGUUUGACGGACAUGAGAUUCCAGUGCCCGAAGAGCUCAAGGGCCGACUGGGUAUGCUCGCGCUCGACGAGGUGAACAAGCCCGAUACGUUUCUGACGAUGGAUAAGAAUCUGAGGGAGAAUGAUUUGAUUGACGAGCUCACGUCUGUGCAUUGCAAGCCAGACGAGACGGGAAAGUCAAAGGCACCCGUGUGGAUCCUCGUCCGCGACAAGAAUGGUGUCGUAGAAGAAAAGGGAGACAUAUUGGAUGUGUUUUACUUUUUCUUUUAUCCGUUCAACCAAGGGAAUACCGUUCUCUUUACGCACUUUGGAAACCACGUGGGUGACUGGGAGCACGCAAUGAUCCGAUUCUGCGACGGAGUACCACAGGCCAUGCAUCUCUCGGCACACUCCGACGGCAAUUCGUGGAAAUGGGCCGCAUUUGAGAAAAGAGGAGAGCGCCCCGUGAUCUACGCCGCUAGAGGUUCUCAUGCCAUGUACCCGUCGGCGGGCAAACACGAUUACUCUGGGGUAUUGCUGGUCGGACCAUCUGACUAUACGUCUACUGGUCACCUGUGGGAUCCAACGCUCAAUUUUGUCGCGGCACGGUCGAUUGUGGGGGGAGUCGACUCGGCGGAAGGGCCAUGCGGGCAGUAUACGUCGAUUGCAUGUCCGAGUAUGCCAGGAUUGAACACAUCGUAUACGAGCGAAGAGGUUGCAGCCGUAUUACGGUUCCAGGGACGGUGGGGGAACAGUUUUUCAGACUUGCGGCUGAAGCGGAUCUCGCAAACCGAGCACCAAAGGUCUGGGUCACCGAUCGCUGGACUGCGGACGUUGUAUAACAAAGUCAGGGGGAAAGCAGAAGAGGUGUCUGCGGAUGCACUGAGGGCGGCCGAGGCGGGCGUCAUCAAAGGCGAGGGACCUGCGGCGGUGAGCGAAUGGCGGACACGACCCAAGAGUACUCUCAAUCUCAAGACACGACUGCUGGUGUUGAUAUGGGCAGAGGGACCGACGGGCCCGCGAGAUAAGAGUCUGGAGCGCAAGACGAUGAACCGAUGGAAGGCAGAGUUGCUCGAGUAG